AUGGUGAAAGAGACCAGCGGGGUGCUGGUCAAUGGAGAUCCCUCCAUUCUGACCUACAUCAAGCAUGUUUGUGGCAAGCACCAAGAGGUCCAGGUACGAAAGGUCGAGCAGUUGGACGCGCAGCACGUCUUCUGUGCUGGGCAGGGCUUAGACAAGUGGCUGGAAGAGAAGAUCGAUGCCUUUGUGGCUCGCAACAUGCUCGAGCCUCCAGAGGACACGGCCACCUUCCAGGGGCCCGCACAGGCAGAAACGCUCAGCCGCAUCAGCAUCCAGUCGCCCAGCGAGCUGAAGUCCGAGAUCCGCGGCUUGGCGGAGGAGCUGGACGUCAAGGUUGCAGCUGUGCCGGGGCAGGAGGCCCCUGACCUGGGCAGUUCGGAACCAUUACGCUUGGUGCCGCAGGUGCAGAUCAAGAGCAGCUACCACUCCCAUCGGAACAACGAGAAAUCGCGCGAAAAACUGAGGAUCCAAGCCGUUUCUGCAUAUCGCUCCCCUUGGGACGAGCGCUAUCCACCAAAUUGGAUUGAUGAGGACGAUCAAGGAAGAGAAGAGAAAUUGCGAAAGGAACAGGCCGAGCGGGAAGAGAACCAUGCGGAUCGACUCAAGGAGAGAGAACGGCUACCCAUCUUCGAGGCCAAGAAUCGAGUGCUGGACACCAUCCGCCGUGCGCGGGUCACCUUGCUGGCGGCAGACACUGGGUCAGGAAAGUCGACCCAAGUUCCUCAGUUCAUCUUAGACGAGGCAAUCGCACAAGGCUGUGGGCGUCAGGUGCACGUGGUCUGCACCCAGCCACGUCGCUUGGCAGCCGUCUCUUUGGCGUCCAGGGUCGCUUGGGAACGCGGCGAACGGUCAGAUGGCCAUGGAUCUACGGGACACGUGGUUCGCUGGGAAGAGAAACCGCCCAGGCCUUGGGGCUCCAUUUGUUUUUGUACAGUGGGGUCUCUGCUUCCUCGCAUCUCACGCCUGGGUGCGUCGCAUGUCAUUGUGGACGAGGUGCGUGUCAUGUGGUGCCUCCACGUCUCGCUCCCCAGCGGCUCUGGCGUUGCGGUGUUUGUGGAACCCGACGCGACGGUGCGGGAACUGAAGGCACUGGCGCAGCAGCAGCUGAAGAAGAGCUUUUUAAGGCUGUUGAGUACAGACGGUGGCCUAGCCUUUGCUAAGCGCUGGGGCGGAGGUGCUUUCCUGGACGCCCGCCUCUCGUUGGCCGCCGCCGGCCUCCACGACGGCGCUACCGUCGCUGCCGUGGCGCAGACGCCGUCGCUGGCGGCCACGGCGACGGCCUUCGCGCUGUGGUGCGGCGGCGACAGCGGCGUGGUGACCUGGGGCAAGGCGGAGAAUGGCGGUGACAUCGGAGACCUCCAGCCGCAUCUCCUUCACGUGCGGCACGUCGUCAGCACCUCCUCCGCCUUCGCUGCGCUGCUGGCAGAUGGCCGCGUGGUGACCUGGGGCCAGGCUGCGGCCGGCGGCGACUGCACAUUGGUGGCGGAGAUGUUGAAGGACGUGAAGCAAAUUCGAGGUUCAGGUGCUGCUUUCUGUGCAGUUCUCAGCGAUGGAAGUGUUGUCACCUGGGGCCACAGCAGCAGUGGUGGAGACAGCAACACGGUUCGAGAUUUACUUCAGCAUGUGGAGGAGGUGCAUGCAACUCACUUUGCCUUUGCUGCCAUUCUGGCAGAUAGAACGGUGGUGACUUGGGGCGGUGAAAAUUCCGGCGGUGACAGUCGCAGUGUACAGUACCAGCUGACCAAUGUGCGCACUGUGGUGGCUGCAGACCGGGCUUUUGCAGCGAUUUUGCUGGACGGAACAGUUGUGACCUGGGGCGAUGCUUUGGACGGUGGUGAUAGUAGUGCUGUCCAACAUCAGCUGAGGCAUGUCCAACAGGUGACAGCGACUUCCCGCGCAUUCGCCGCACUGCUGGCGGAUGGGACGGUGGUGUGCUGGGGCAGCCCGGAGAACGGUGGCGACAGCAAAAAAGUGCGAGAUCGACUGCGAGGUGUCAAGGAGAUUUACGCCACAGACCGUGCUUUUUGCGCUGUCUGUGAUGGGACCAUUGUCACAUGGGGCGAUCCAAUGUAUGGUGGAGACUCCCCCUGUCUCCUUGACCUCCCAAUCCUGCAUGUGGAGCCCAACGGUUUCGCCUUCGCGGUCCUUUCUUCGGAUGGCUCGGUGCUGGCCUGGGGCAACCCGUACUACGGGGGCAAUUGCCAGAAGGUACAAGAGGAACUUCAGGACAUCCUCUGCCUGAAGGGUUCCUCGCGAGCCUUCACGGCGGUUCGCUCCGAUGGUGUCCUGGUCUCCUGGGGCGAUCCUGGCGGUGGUGGCGAUGGCUGCAGGGAGACCCUUGCGGCCGUGUGGGGAUGACCGGGAUGACCGGGAUGACCAUCCAGGAGGAUGUUCCGAGCUACCGACAUGUGAGGGAAAGCUGAGGGAAAAUCGGAGAGGUUGGAAUUCUUGCCUUCGAUUGGGCAGUUUCCCUGAGAUGUUCGAAAAGGGUCUUGGAAUGAUGAUCGAAUCUGUAAAUCGAAUCUGGCAUGGCAGCUCUACUGCGACGAAGAGGGGGCAAACUUUGUAGAUCUGAAAAAUGGACUUGAAGAUGAUUCAAGCACCACGCGGAGGAAGUUACUGAAGGAUGAACAUCCUGAUGAAUCAACCAAUCAACAUUUGGAGCUCAGCCUUCGGAUUUGGACCAUGCGGGACCAUGCGUUGCAUCUGCAGCGCUUUGUUGAUGGGACAACUCAACAAGGACUCCAACUGGCAACAGCUGAAGAGAUGAAUGAUGAAAAAGGAGUUCGCUGCGAUCUUGUGAAAUUGAGGCCACAAGUAGCCUUGGUUGCAGCAUUUGUCGAUCACUGAGGGCUCAAGUCUCAGGAGUCUCAGAAAUGCAAAUGGAGGCUUUUACUCAAAGCGGUUUUAGCCAGUCA